AUGUCUGUCGCAGACUAUGGUUCAUUUGCAGACUACUACGUUGUAGAUGACACUGACCGUUCUAUAAGAACACCACAGCCCUCCAUGGCGACCAAGUCUGUCAAAGCUAGAGGCAAGUUGCCAGCUAGCAACACGAUCACCAUCACGCCGCCAAGGCGUAGCGGACGUCAGACGACGACGGCCGCUCCCGCCAAGGCGGCGAAGAAGGAGAUGAAAGAGGUUGUGCCGAAGGAUUGGGUCGGUCAAGAGACCGGUGCGGGCACCACCAGUGACCGUCCAGACGGCGCACAGCUCAGCGAACCCUGGAAUUGCGCGAACCGUAACUGCAGCACUGGUUUGACUUGGUGGCCACGCACCGGUACGGGCACGGAAGGCUUUGGCCGUAAGUCCAUCAGCGACUACUUCGGCAGAAACAAGAAGCAGACCACAUGGAUUCAUGAAGACGUGUGGCACACAUACUGCCGCAAAGACUACCAGCGCCUCCACUACCGUGCCAAGAAGAAGCCAGCGUCGCUAUUUAGGUGGCAUGUCAGCAACGUGCGUAUGCAGUUCAGGAGGCUGCGGCUCUGGCGGCCUGAUGCGACAUUCAAGGUGCAGCUUACGAAGAACAUGCACGAGCGCUCCGCCGAGUACCACCGCAUGUUGCGCUCACACAACCAGAACUCCGUGCUCGCGAAGAGAGACUACAAUGCUCAUGAGAGGUUCGGUACCAGGGAGCCCGCGGUCAACAAGCGAGGACAGACGGCGCCGUCGAAAGACGAAGCGGCCUUUCCGGUCGAGCACGUUGACAGCUUCACCACCAAUCACUGCGGCGAUGAUUACGACUACGACGACUGUGAGGCUGUUCUGCAGGCCAUUGAGGCGCUGUUUGCCAACCACACCAUCUCGCAGAUGCCGCCGAUCGAGUUCCUCAUCUCCGAGCCGCAGGAGGGCGAGCAUGUAACUCGUGCAAGUACCAACUACAUGCGCUACAUCUGCGAUGUGGACGGCGACGACUACGACACUCCGCCUGGCUCUGAAGAUGGCUCCGACGAUGAAGCAGACCGCGACCAGGUAGUUGAAGACGACGAUGAGGCCGAGGAUGAAGACGACGAAGACGAGGAAAGCCAGGAUCGCAAUACCGAUGCCGACUCCGAGAUUCGCGUCGCCGGCGCCAACGAUGAUGAUCAGAUCGAGCACGCCAUGACUGGUGCCAGCGUUGACAAGGACGACAUCACUGAAGGCUCACAACCGCCUGUCCGAUUCACACCAGUCAACAAGACCAAGUCUCGCUUCACCCUUCGGCUAGCUCAGCAGGAGGAGACCGCCGAGGCCGCCGAACAAGCCGCGGACCCGCCAGUCCCCUUCACAGCCAUCAACAAGCGCAAAUCCGCAUUCCGCACCUUCUCAGCCGUCAACGUCAAGAAGUCCGCCUUCCGCCUCCUGGACGCGAUUGAGCCUGUCAAUGCGUCUGGUUCUAGCAACAAGCGUAAGCACUCUCCAGCGCAGACAGCUUCAGAGAUGGACGACCCUGGUGCCGAUGACGAUGAGAAAGAGGCAGAAGAGGUUUCAUUAAUAAAGCCGGCGAAGAAGGCGCGCAUGUAAUCGCGCCCGCCACGACAACAAUUCUGCGGGCAACCCAAUGGUCCGUCAUUCUCCACUCUG